AUGCCGCACAUCUUGGUUCUGUGCACAGUGCUUUCGCUCUUCUACUUGCCAGAAAUAGACAGCCUUAGAGCAGGAGCAAGUUGGGCACGUGGUUUAAAAAAGAUUCAGGAUAACAUUCUAAAUCUAGCUGACCCGAUUCGAAUGUUAAGUACAGGUUCAUCACUGACAUCAGUGUAUGUAGGUGGUACUGGUAUCUGGUGGAGAUCUGGUGUAAUUGGCUCGAUUUCCCAAAUGGAACAAGGAGAGAAAGAAAAAGCAAUGGAAACACUCAACAUCGCUAUCGCAACGCUAGCCGUGUUCGACACAACCCAAGCAACAGUGUCCCCUAUCGCGUCUGGACUGAUUGAUCAGUUAGUAAAACACAAGGGAAAAUUCCCUCAAACAAUCAGUGGAUUUAAAGAGUAUAACAAAGUAGUGGCGGAACGAGUGGUCAGCGGCAAUGCAGAUGAUAUUGAUGAUAUCAUUGAUAGUGCAAAAGUAUUAAAGAGAAAAAUAGGAGAGUUUUUUGACAACGAAGUUACUACAUUUAUGAAAAAUACCCAGGGAUACGACGAUCUCGUGACAAGUCUAAAAAAUGCAAAACGGUGGGCAAAGGCGUUAAAAUGGGCCGACACGAUAAGUGGGCCUCUCUUUGAUGCCGCUAAUGUUGCAUUUUGUGGCUGGCAACUGCAUAACGCAAUCAAUGAUGAAGACUCUCCACCCGAAGUGAAGUCUUUGAAUAUUGCAAGUGCAUCACUGGGGGUGGCCAGCGGAGCAGUUGGAGUGACAGCAUUCGUUGUGGGGGCAUUGGCAACGGCUGGAAGCACACUGGCUGCUGUGGCAGGUCCUGUCGGCGCUAUUAUAGGAUGCUUGCUUUCGCUUGCAGCAAUCAUCGUCGACUUGAUUAAUUCUGUGAAUCCUUACGGCACAAUAAAAGAUCAUCUUGAAACAAUACAGAAACUCAAAGAAGGUUCGCUGUUGUAUCUUCAAAACCAAGUAAACAUCACCCAUCAAGUCACUCCCGCAUUCAAGCAAAAUACUGGCUUUGACACCAUUUACGAAAUUAAUCAGGGAAAUUUGAUACAAGGGAUGCGUACCGAGUCAGUUCAACAUAUUUCGGGCGUUGAUGAUGAUCCAAAUAUCAUGUUUAAGGCUACAAUCAGUCCAGGUCAAGAGAACGGCUACCUUACAAUGGGAAAGAACCGAAUGUUUGACAAGUCAGAAUAUGGCAAUAUCAUUUUCAGGCCAAAAGGUAUAGUUCCUAUUGGAUAUGACUUCUAUGGGAACAUAACAAAACCCAACGGAAAGGGAAUGACGGUCGUUGCUAACACGGCUAUGGUCGCCGAGCUCUUUUGGAUAAGGGGAGUUAAUAUUGACACUCGAGUAGCAAACGAUGAAGAAGAGAGAAACCCUGAUAAUGUUGUGAUUGGAGAAAUGACAGGCCUUGCGUACUCAGAUCAUUCAAUCAGAGUUGAUACAGGUGCAGGGGACGACUUACUCCAGGUUACAGGAGUACCUUGCAAUUACUAUACUUAUCACCAGAACUGUUUUUGGGGUACACUUGGUACAGGAAUCAAUACAUUAUCAUUUCAAGGGAUGAACACAAAGAGACUUGAGUUUCCAACAGGCCGAACUGGUAGGGCGCCCAAAAUUCUCGUUGGUAUUAAGUACGAUAUGAGAUCCAAGGGGAUGGUACCAAGCUCCGAAAUUUACUUGAGAUUGAAGGACUCACCAGUAACAGAAAGGUCACAACUACACGAAUACAGAAUCGGCUACGUAACCGGUGUUAAUGUAUUUCACGGUAUGUAAUAAACUUAAUCAAUUUUUGGCACUGUGAAACAAAUGACUGAAGAGAGAGAUAACUCGAGUGAAAAUUCAAGAGCAAGAAAUAACCCAUCAGAACCCAAUCUUCGCCGCAAUGCACCAUCAUAAUUACCUACGAUUUCAUAAGUCCAAACCUCGCAGCUUAGUAGGUAAAGCAAUGGUAGAUCUCAUCCCAUAGGGGUAAACAGAUUUCUCUCUUUGCCUCGUGGUUCCCCUAAUUCCUUUAUUAGUGUUGUUGCGGUCAUUGGGCUUUUAAUGGUUAUUUCUAGCACCUGAUUUUGUACUUCACAGCUAAUUCUCUAUUCCAUUAUUAAUAAUGUUCGCUCCGACAAGAUGCUAGCGCUCGAAAGGACAGCUUCUGAAUCUCCCAAGGGAGACAGAUCUACCUUAAAAACUCAGUUGGUACGAUCAAAUUUUUAAUUAGUUUUUAUUAUUUCGGACCACUCUUACUUUUCUUAGUUUUCUUCGGCAGAAAUUGUUUUCAGCAACUUCCGUUUGGCUAAAAAUCAGCACCAGAAAGUUUUUAAAAAGAGAAUGUAAAUGAGCAAGAGUGGAACCUCGAUAGUAGGGCCAACUUCAAGUCACUGUCAAAAAUUGUUAGAUAUAACGAGGUUCCCUUAUAUCGAGGUUCUUUUCCAUAUUUUUUACUAUUACUGGGGCGAAGAAAAUCGUUCGUUAUACUUAAGAACUUCGUUAUAUAGAGAGACGUUUGUGAUAUCGAGGUUCACAAAAGGAAGAAAGAACCGACAAAAAGCAAUGGGCCCCUCCUCAGACUAGAACAUUUUGGUAAGUGAUCAAUCAUCAACAGGUUAUCUCAAACCUGUCUAAAAAGACUGUACUUCUUCCCUUCGGGAUCUUCUAUCAGGCAAGAAGGAAACGAUUGGGGCCAAGUUGAAAAAGAGUCUCUCUGUCGCUUGAAGAAAAAAUGACACAUGCGCCAGUUCUCGCUCAUUACUGCUCCAAAAAGCAAACCAUUCCAUCUGCAGACGGCUAUCGUAUGGAUUGGGACCCGGAGCGGUCAAAGACAAUAGAGAGUUUAAGCAGCGACCCACUUCAACUAGAAGUUCGCCAUUUUUAAAUUUGUAAAUGCCUUGACGCUACCAAAUCUGUAGUACUUAGUGACCUUAAUCUUAUGGAGACGAUUAGCCCAAAAAAUGUGUUCAAAGUCGCCGCUCAAGAGUGCAAAAAGUCCACUUUCGGUCGACGUGCGUCGCUCAAAAACGUCGCUGCUUAAACUCUCUAACGCCACCUUGCGCUGAGUGGAUUCAUCGGUUCGUUUGAUCUACCAUGCUUCGAGUGUUUUCGGAUCACUGAUCCUAAUCUGGAUCGUCCCAAAAGAACGCACCCUUAGUUUGGUGCGGCAAAAGCGUUAAGUAGAACUUUUGUCGAACUUAGCUUGGGCGCAAAACAUGGUGCACCGUCUGAAUCAGAUGUCGCGCCAGUGUCACUCCGAAGUCGAACUUAUUCAGUUAGGUUCGGCACAUGAAAAGUACGGCGUCUGCAACCAGGCCUUAGUGAUAGGACUAAUAUAUGGAGGUUUUUAACAUCCAUGUUGUAAUGUAUUCGAAAGGAAAAGACAGGAAUUCGUCGUCGUCGUUGACAACUUCUCGCAAGAUUGUGAAAUCGGAGUACUUCUGUCAUCUACCUGGUAAGGAAUGAUCAGCCAGAUAAAAGCCAUUAUCGCGCACCAUAUGAAAUUUCUGUAAUCAUUCGUCGCAUGUAAGGGAAUUCGGAUUCCGGAAUCCGGGAAAUUAAUGCCUGUGGAAUCCGGAAUCAAGUAAAAUUUUCCUUCUGGAAUCUGGAAUACAGCUCAAGGAAUCCAAACUCCCACUAACGGUUGGAAUCUAGAAUCCAGUCUUGGAUUCCCUUAGAUGGAGCGAAAUUAUCUUUCACAAUUAAUAACCAUUGAAUACUUCUCCUGGCCUCCUCUCUUCGUUUCGCUUACGAUACUACUAGGGAGGAUGUCUUUAAGUGGUUUUUAUUAACUUGUCAGUACGAAAACGGCUUUUUCUUGGCCCAUGGGCUUAAGUAAAAUUUUAAUAUCAAAUAACAUACUUGUGACGGAAAACAUGUAUCAUCCAUCACAUUUUAAUGCAAAGACCAAAACUACUUGAUACUCUAUAUACCAAUAAGCAAAUCUCUUGAAAUGAAAAGUUCAGUUUGCUCUAAUUCAACUUUUCUUUUUACGAUAACUUCACAGUGAGCAGAAAAUCGACUGAUCUCAUCACGUAAAUGCUGAUUUAUUUUUUAUUUUACAGGGUCUCCAAUGGAUGACGAAAUUGCGAUGGGAGAGGACAAGAGUUGUGUAGUGAAAAACGAUGGCGGAAGAAACAAUUAUGUCAUCUAUCUGACCAAUGAGCACGACUUUACUCAUACGAUAAUUGAUGAAUCAGAAAUACUCGGGCAAAUUUACCUCGUUAAGAAGACAAAAUAUGGUAACGGAUAUUAUAAGAUUUCCCCUGACGAUAUUGGUUACGAUGAGGAAACGCAAACCAUAGUGAUCUUCAUGAAAGACAAUAAUGGUCUGAGGCAUACGUUCACUGGGAGGAUUAUUAUCAAACGAACAAAACCAGGCGAUGUUAAAGAGAUGAGGCUUUAUCUGGCUGACCCCGAAGGCCAACCACAAGUUAAAUGCAACAUUAAAAGCUUAGAUGAUGAAAACCUUGACUGUGCGUUGAGUUAUACACUGGGGCAUACCUCGAUUAACAGAGGAAUUGGAAGUCGAAAUCAUGAAUGGUAUAUUGAUGAUCGACCUGUGCCAAGCGUCCCGUUUCAUUAUUAUCUGGAUACCGAUUUAAAAGCUGAUCCAAUUCCUGGGCUUUGUGGAGACUUCGUUAUCUCGUUUGGUUCUUUUAGAGGGGAUCGUCCUUCUGGUGGAAGUAAGGAAUUCUCUCUGCAACUACCAAAAAAUUCCUUUAUUGCCAUUGAUGAUGAAUUGAUGGACUGGGUUAAAGACUGGCGUGCACAAUAUCUUGUCUACUAUCUGAAGUCAGAAAAGAAGCUGGUAUACGAACAUCGUGUGGGUGAUUUAACAGAUGCAUCGUAUACAGUCAAAAUUCAUGUCCCAGAAGCAAAACGCAUUGUAUUCGGGACAACUGGAAAUCAUCAACUUCUUUUAGAUCUGAAGCACGAUGACAGGCCAGCAGUAAAUUUGGGCAGUGAAUAUCUGGGUUUCACUUCAAGACCACUUGAUGAUUACACAUUUACAGAGAAUUUCGCUGAUGCAAGCCCGCAGCCCAAACAACUUGUUAUUGGAGUCCCUGCGAAAAAGGCUACACAGAAAAGAUGGAAAAUAGUGUUUGGGAAAGCCAAAACGUACGCUGGAGAAAAACUAGAAACAGGAAACCGAGAAGCAACAGGCGAUUACUCAGAAAAUGCAUUGAUUGUGAGUGAUACUCUUUGGGCGUACCUUUCAAGAGAUGGAAAUGAGGUGCGUAUAAUCUUUAGACCGUCUAAAAGAAGGGAAAACAGCUGGAAGAUUACGGUCAAGAAAGGGUCGCAACGAAUCCACCAAGCUCGAGUUGAUGGGGCAAAUACCCUUGCUUACCAUGAGGGAUUGGUGAGAAGCAACCUUUAUGACCUUGUGAAUGGAGAAAAGAGAGAGUUUGAUCUUUAUGAAGUCUGGAAGGAAGAAAUGGAGACCCUUCAGAGGGAUAUCAUUGAUGAAGCUAACAGGUGCCGAUAA